GAUGGUCGGAGGCUGAAAGGAGCCAUCCAGAGGAGCACAGAAACGGGGCUGGCUGUUGAAAUGCCCAGCCGGACCGUCCGUCAAGCCAGCCAUGAGUCCAUUGAGGACAGCAUGAACAGCUAUGGAUCAGAGGGAAACUUGAAUUUCAGCGGAGUCCAUCUGGCAUCUGCUGGGCAGUUUAGUGACUUCCUGGGGAGCAUGGGCCCUGCACAAUUUGUUGGGCGUCAGACCUUGGCCACCACCUCGAUGGGGGAUGUGGAAAUUGGCUUGCAAGAGCGAAAUGGGCAGCUAGAAGUGGAUAUCAUUCAGGCUCGAGGACUGACACCAAAACCCGGCUCCAAAACACUGCCAGCUGCUUACAUCAAAGCUUACCUGCUAGAGAAUGGCGUGUGCAUUGCGAAAAAGAAGACAAAAGUGGCUCGCAAAUCCUUAGACCCUUUGUACAAUCAGGUGUUACUGUUUGCUGAGAGUCCCCAGGGCAAAGUGUUACAGGUGAUAGUCUGGGGGAACUAUGGACGCAUGGAGCGCAAGCACUUCAUGGGAGUCGCCAGAGUCCUCCUGGAAGAACUGGAUUUGUCAACAUUAGCAAUCGGCUGGUACAAGCUCUUCCCAACCUCCUCGAUGGUAGAUCCCACUACGGGCCCGCUCCUGCGUCAGUCCUCCCAGCUUUCCCUGGAGAGCACAGUGGGACCCUGCUGCGACAGGUCUUAG